AUGGCGUCGAGGAAGAAGGUGUUGUUGAAGGUCAUCAUUCUCGGAGACAGCGGUGUGGGCAAGACCAGUCUGAUGAACCAAUACGUAAAUAAGAAAUUCUCUACCUCCUACAAAGCCACUAUCGGCGCCGACUUCCUGACCAAGGAAGUCACCGUCGACGAUCGGAUCGUGACACUCCAGAUCUGGGACACUGCCGGCCAGGAACGGUUCCAGUCGCUGGGUGUGGCGUUCUACCGGGGAGCCGACUGUUGCGUGCUCGUCUACGACGUCAACUCGGCCAAGUCGUUCGAGACCCUCGAUUCCUGGCGCGACGAGUUCCUCAUCCAAGCGUCGCCCCGCGAACCCGAAACGUUCCCCUUCGUGGUGUUGGGGAACAAGAUCGACUUGGGCGAAGACCGGAGAAUGGUUUCGCAAAAGAGAGCGCAUGCCUACUGCCAGAGUCGUGGACAAAUGCCGUAUUUCGAGACCAGCGCGAAGGAGAGCAUCAAUGUGGAACAGGCGUUUGAAGUUAUUGCCCGAAACGCGCUGGCACAGGAGGAGAGCGAGGAAUACGGCGGUGACUUUUCGGAUCCGAUCAACAUCAACCUGGAGCAGGAGAGAGAUGGGUGUGCGUGUUAG